UGGGGUGAGUUAUGAAAGUAGAAGAAACUUGAAACCGAAGGAACUCAAGCCGGUGACAGCAUGACAUAAUUGACCCCUCUUUCAGUUUAAGCUCAAAUUCUCAACGGUCAUCACUAGGGGUGUUUCAGUAAUUCAGUUAAUGAAAGCGAACAACCAAAAACAGCCAUAGAAAGAUGCUGCUGCUACUACGUCUUCAUCAUCAACUAUUCUGCUCACUCUCACUCUAGUAUAAAAUAGCAAGCAUUCUCUCUCUCUCUCUCUCUCUCUCUCUCUGAGUUUUGCUUGAGGAUUUGAAAUUGCAUUGGUUUGUUUCGUAGUCCAGCAUUUUGUUCAUUAUUUUCCAAAAAGAUUUGUACCCAUCUGAGCUGUAAUGGAAAGUGGGUCGAGCUCAAAUCCCCCAGAAAGGCCAACUACACAAAAGGGUCUGAAGCUUGGUUCCAUGCUCCCAAGGCUAGAGCCAUUUGUACCAAGAAAAGGUCACGAUCCAAAGGAAUUGAGGUCUUGGGCCAAGAAAACUGGAUUUGUCUCUAAUUUAUCUGGAGAGACUGGUAUUAGUGUGAGCCAGACGGAUAGGAAUGACAAGAUUGAAAAUACUGAGCUUGAUUUAGAAAAAGGUUUGGACAGAACUGGGUCCACUUCGCCCAAGAUUGAAAUUGAUCCAGUUCUUGGGCGAACUAGGAAAAGAGGGAUUGAAAUUGAACCCUUUUGGAAGAGAAAUAAUGAUGCUUUGGAGAUGAGAGAGGGUACAGGGAGAGGUGAGAGUCAAAAGAAGAGAAAUGGAGCUGAACCUAGUUUGGGGGCUAGAGAGGAAGUGAGUAAAGUUGGUUUUAAUGGAAAUGGGAAUGGGGAUAGGGUUGUAAAAGAUGAUGGGCAUCAAGUUAGGACUACUGCCACGGUGGCUGAGCCGAAGAGAGACGAAGGGUUUGUGGAAAGCGAUGAGGGUACCGAUGUGUACCCGGAUGGUGGAGAAUCUGCUCUUGGAGGGGGGAGUGGUUCUUCAAGAAUGAAGCUUGGGCUCAGAGAAAAUUCGGGCUUUGUUCCGCUUAUCUAUUAUGGGUUGCAGCACUAUUUGUCGCUUGCUGGUUCACUUAUUUUCAUCCCCUUGAUCAUUGUACCUACCAUGGGCGGAACAGAUGAGGACACUGCCACUGUAAUUUCCACCAUGCUGUUGGUGUCUGGCAUUACCACAAUACUGCACUCAUAUUUUGGUACCCGUCUUCCUUUGGUUCAGGGUAGUUCAUUUGUGUAUUUGGCACCGGCUUUAGUAAUUAUUAACUCGGAGGAGUUUCGAAAUCUUACUGAACAUAAAUUUAGGCACAUAAUGAAGGAACUUCAAGGGGCUAUAAUAGUCAGUUCAAUAUUCCAAAGUUUCUUGGGAUUCAGUGGCUUAAUGUCUAUUUUAGUAAGGUUGAUAAACCCAGUUGUGGUUGCACCCACUGUCGCCGCGGUGGGCUUAGCAUUUUUCAGCUAUGGAUUUCCUCAAGCUGGUAGUUGCGCUGAAAUCAGCCUUCCCCUGAUACUAUUAGUUCUUAUUUUCACCUUAUACCUUCGAGGGAUAUCUCUUUUUGGACACCGGAUAUUUAUUGUUUAUGCGGUCCCCCUGAGUGUUACAAUUAUCUGGGCCUAUGCAUUCUUCUUGACAGCUGGUGGGGCUUUCAAUUACAAGGGCUGCAGUCCGUCCAUACCCAGUUCCAACAUCUUAGUUGAUGCUUGCAGAAAGCAUGCAUAUACAAUGAAGCAUUGCAGGACUGAUGUUUCAAAUGCCUGGACAACUGCUGCAUGGGUCAGGAUUCCCUAUCCCUUGCAGUGGGGUAUCCCCAUCUUCCGGUUUCGGACUGUGUUUAUGAUGAUCAUCGUGUCGCUGGUUGCAUCAGUUGAUUCGGUUGGAACGUAUCAUAUUGCAUCUGUUCGAAUUAACUCAAAACCCCCUACUCCAGGUAUUGUCAGCAGAGGAGUUGGGGUGGAAGGUUUCUGUAGUGCGCUGGCUGGACUUUGGGGCACAGGGACUGGAUCAACAACCCUGACAGAAAACGCGCACACAAUCAACAUAACAAAAGUAGCAAGUCGAAGGGCUGUGGAAAUUGGAGCAGUUUUCUUGAUCUUCUUCUCAUUUAUAGGGAAAGUGGGUGCCAUCCUUGCUUCCAUACCACAAGCCUUGGCUGCUGCCAUUCUAUGCUUCAUAUGGGCUCUAAUUGUGGCACUGGGUCUCUCAACGCUGCAGUAUUGCCAAUCGGGGAGUUUUAGAAACAUGACAAUAGUUGGUGUUUCACUUUUCCUUGGUUUAUCGAUCCCCGCAUAUUUUCAGCAGUAUCAACCUGACACCAGCUUGAUCCUGCCUAGCUAUCUUGUUCCUUAUGCAGCAGCGUCAAGCGGUCCAGUCUACACUGGCAGUAGACAAUUUGAUUUUGCUAUAAACGGGCUUCUGUCAUUGAACAUGGUGGUCACUCUACUGGUGGCAUUAGUAUUGGACAACACCGUUCCAGGUAGCUGGCAAGAACGAGGGGUGUAUAUAUGGUCAAGUGCAGAAGACAUAACAGCGGAUCCAUCGUCACUUUCAGACUAUAGUUUGCCGAAAAAAGUUGCUAGGUUUUUCGGUUGUGCAAAAUGUUUAAGCUGAUAUCAUAUCGUAUUGAGGAGCUGCUUUGUUUGGAGGCCAGCAUAGGGAAUGCAGCACAGUCUCUGUAGUAUUGCUCUAUUAGUUGAUAGAUAUAUAAUAUAUAGAUCGAUUUCCUCAAAAGUUCAAUUCUUUUUUAGUACCUUUGAUUGUCAAUAUUGGUGGUGCUAGCCAUUUGUAAGUGAAACACACAAAGGGUGAUCCCAAAUUAUAAUUGCAUCCUCAGCAGAUGGAUAGAUUGGUGUUCUUGGAGACUCUUAUUUUGAUGAAUGUUGGUUAUGUUGUGUUUUUUAUGUCAUACUGUAAAACAGAACAUGGGGUGGUUUAGAUUUUAGUCAAUGCAUUCUCUC